ACGCGCUGUGUGAAACUGAUGUACACACAUUAGCUAGCUAAGUUAGCCAGAUAGCACAGAAGUUAGCGUUUUAGCUAACACAUCAUUCCUGCCUUUCCGUCUCAAGCCGUUUAAAAAAAAAUACAACGGGAGGUGAAUUUCACUUUUAAUGCUAUUGAAAUGACGAGAUUAACUGCUUUGUGAUUAGCAUCUCCCAGUUGCAUGGAAGGAUAGAACCCUUGGCUAUCACCUCUCAUGCCGUGGAAAGGUCAGGAUGAAGAAGACAUUUAGCCUUAAGACGUUCCGAAAGUCGUUCAACAUCAAGGGCAAAGAGGAUGGAGAUUUUGUGAUGCUUCAGAAGCCGACGUUGGCCCCCGAGUUCACAAAAGACGACUCACUUUUUGGAAGCUGUUACGCCAAAGAGCUAGCUUGUGACCUCCAUGGUGAGGACGCAAGGGCCCACAAGAACAGAUCCAAGAGCGAAAGUCUUAUGGGGACCUUAAAGAGGAGGCUUUCUUCUAAGCAGAAACCUAAAAGUAAAGGUGGGUCAGCUUCAGUGGGCUUGGGAGAUGAUGACGAUACAUUCUCGUCCUCGUCAGUCCCCAUAAGCUUUAAUGAAGCCAAAGCCCAGCGCCCUUUACGAUCAGCAUCUCUGCGGAGUCAUCACUACAGCCCUUCGCCUUGGCCCAUAAGAGCUGUUGACCCUGAGGAAGCCUGUAUUAAGAUGGAGGUGAAGGUAAAAGCCAUGGUUCACACACCAAGCUCCAGUCCAUCCUUUAAUGGUGUCAGAAAAGAAUUCCAUGACAUCCAGAUGGAGGGACUUUUUGAUGAUCGAAGCGAGUCUAUAAAGACUUUAGAGCCUCCAAACAAUGACUUGCAUUUAAACAUGGAAGAACAUGUGCCUGUAGUUAUUGGACCUCAGGAUUACAUCCAGUACACAAUGCCUUUAGAUGAGGGAAUGUACCCCGAAUCGUCCCACUCGCUGUGCUUGGAUGGCACCUCGCCGAUAGAGGUGAUGGAACAAGUCAAUGACGAACUGUUAAAUGUGGAUCAAGGACAUGUCGACCAUGAUCUCCUAACAUCAGAUAUUCUCAUGGAUCAGUCCGUGAACGGGAUUGUACUCGGCAGCCCGGGAAUAGUCCUUCAAAAUUCAGGAUCCGAGGCUCCUUCACUUUCGCCUUCGCUUUCCCCUGUUUCUGGCGGCGAAAUUCCAAGAACCUAUUCUGGAUUUGGUGGUGCUGAUUCACACGUUGCCGAAAGAGUGAGGCAGCAUCUCAAUUUCGACCCUAAUUUCGCCCCUGGAGUUAGCAGGGUAUAUGAUUCAGUACAAAGCAGUGGACCAAUGGUUGUCACAAGCCUUACGGAAGAGCUGAAGAAACUCGCUAAGCAGGGUUGGUACUGGGGACCUAUAACGCGAUGGGAGGCUGAGGACAAGCUUCUCAAUCUUCAGGACGGUUCUUUUUUGGUGCGCGAUAGCUCAGACGACCGCUAUCUUCUCAGCUUGAGCUUCCGAUCACAAAGCAAGACUCUUCACACCAGGAUCGAACAUUCGAACGGAAGGUUCAGUUUUUACGAACAGCCCGAUGUAGAAGGACACACAUCCAUCGUUGACCUUAUCGAGCACUCUAUUAAGGACUCAGAAUACGGCGCCUUCUGUUACUCCAGAUCGCGGCAGCCAGGGUCUGUGACGUACCCGGUCCGAUUGACCAAUCCCGUAUCUCGUUUCAUGCAAGUGCGUUCGCUGCAGUACUCGUGCCGAUUCGUUAUUCGGCAAUACACACGGAUUGACCUGAUUCAGAAACUACCUUUACCAAACAAAAUGAAAGAUUACUUGCAGGAAAAGCACUACUGAACUGGGAUACAGUAGUAAAAUUGCACUUUUGGAUCGAGUUGAUGUUAAAUGGUUUACAGACAUUUUGUGGAGUUCAAGUGAUCCGUUAGGUUUGUUUUGUAUCAAAAACAUUGGUUUGUCUCAUCUUGGUCAAUUUGUUGUUGCUCAGAUUAGCUAGAAAGGUACACUUUGGUUUCAGAUCAAUUGGGGAACCUGACGGGAGAAUUCUAGUUAAAAACGUGAUCAUCAGUCGUCACCACAUCUUUCCAAAAUCAUUCAAACUAGUUUCUAAUUUAUGCUGCUUUUAUAAUGAAUAUGACAGAACAUACGUUUUAGUCGAUGAAAGGACAUGUUUAACCUGAAACUCAUGUAAUAUGCUUAUAUUGAAAUAUUUCUGAUAUGUCUAGCAAUUCUAGUGCAAAUUAUUUGAUUAGUGUUGAUAAGUUUGUGCAGAGAUCACAGAUGAGGAAGUGAAAGAGCUGGACUGGGUAAAGGACUAAAACCCUGCUGCAUUAAUGUGUUUAGGUUGAGCUGAUGGUAGUGGUAAAUCCCACUUCUCAGGAGCUAGACGAACAGCAUUGUGGGUAAUGAAGGAAACUUUCAGAGUGAGAGACAUUUCAAAGUACAGUACUAUGCAAAAGUCUAUUUUUUAGUACAAACUUUCUUUUAGAACUUUCUGGCAUUAAGAUUAAGUCAGUAUGGUACAUUUCUAAUUUUCAAACAUCAGUAGUAAAAAAACUAAUAGAGAAAAAAAAAUUGCAUGGCAAAAAAAAAAGCAGCACAUUAUGUAAGCGACUACUUUUCAGACCAAAAGAAAAACAAAAUAGCAGCUGCUGGAUUUCGCACGCAAAAAAGAAUCAGGUGCAACUGUUAAGGUCGUCAGAGGAACUGUGGGUGAUUCUGCCAGAUGCUAAGUAAAACUUAGCAGCUAGUUAUCUUAUUAAGCGGCACAAAUUGUUCUCAAUUAUGCUCAAAGCAUUGUCGCACCAAAUACUGACUUACUGAAAAUAUUUUUUUAUUAAUUACUGUUUACUGUGCUUUAUAUUGUAUUUUUAAAUUUUUAAGAUAUCUUUGCUCUUUAGCCUUUAUUUACAUGUGCAUAAAGACUUUUGCAUAGUGCUGUAAAUCUUGACUGAUUCAAGAUCACGUUCGUUAUAAAAAUUAUAUUACAUCGUUAUGCGCAUGUUGAUCAGGGUGUUGUUGUUUUUUUAAGGGUUGGUGAUGCUGAUAAAGUAAAAAUAAGCUGAAGACAUGGCAGCCCAAUGUCUGAUCAGGAUAUUAUCCAGGCUUAGAAAGCUAUACUUAAUUAUUUGAUUGGCAUUCACAUCACAUUAUUUGCUCACGGUCUGUUAAUACCUAUCAGUACAUGGGCAAGACGAUUGAUUGGUGCAUUAACAGAUACAUCGGGCUGUUUUAAUUAUAAACAUUCUCACUGAUGGCAAACUUUAUAAAUUGACAUACUAGUUUUUUUCCUGUACAUUUUCUUCUGCAGUUUUUAAAUUGACAUCGGUACUUUCAUUUUGAUCAGUUUUCAGAUGAAUUAAAUUGCAGUCCAAAUGUAAUAACAUAGAUCCUGUCAGAGGUUGAUGAAUAGCUUUUAUUUGAAAUUCUGAUUUAUUGGUAAAAUAUGAUUUAGUCAAUAAGGUGCUUCAUUUACGGACUUCUGAUUGAGCGUCCUACAGAAUCGUUAUUUACGAAAUAGGAGUGAACACAGCGCACCAUAAUAUCGUGGUUUAUUUUACAAUUUCAGGACUAACAGUAAUAAAGUGAUAAUAAUGCAUCUUCAGUGGCAGCUACAGUUAAACGUUUGUAAAUGUCUGAAAUUAGCAUCCGAUUUAGUUACCUCCAAUUAUUUGCGCAGAUACAAGAUGGCACCCGACACUCAGGUUCCUUAAUUAAAACGUUUAUAGAAAAAUCUCUGCAACAACAAAUUUACAUUUUUCUAUCACCGCAAAUGCAAAUUUAUGUUAGGCAUGCGCCGAUAACCAGUUCUAUAAUACAGCAAGAUAUACACCUGACUCAAUUCUCUUACUCAGAACGCAAAAUAUCAUUAGUAACCCAGUGUUCCGUUCAGGUAGAGGCUGCCUAGGGAGUCAGAAUAAAGCCUGCCUUGCAUGAAAGUCGUCAUUUUUAGACAGGUUUGAAGGCAAUCAUGUAAUUGUGUUAACGAGGUUUUAGAAAACGUUGGCAAGCAGAACUAUAGCUCGGCUUUUCUAAAAAGAAAAAGAAAAAACCUUAAACCAUUUAUUAUGUUAGAAAAAUGCAAUAUCGGCACAUGCCUUAACAGAUAUUUUGUCAAAUAUCCAACAUGCAGGUUAAACAAACAUGCCAAGGAUCUUAUGUUCAAAGGGAACAGAUGAAGAAGAAUGCUGUUUUUUUAUGUUUCUAUGUGUGAUAUUUGUGCUUCCUACAGUAUUUCCUCAAAUUGUUUUAUCACUAUCAAUGUUGUGUUUUAACAUCCCGGUUUCCCCCCCAAACGUUAUCGACUUAAUAUGAAGAGCAGUUGCUGAAUAGUAAUUGGUGGUAAUUGAGUAAUUACUUUUUUUUGGGAGAAAUGAUUUGUGAAACCUGGGUGAGUGACGUCAUUCACGAGCACAGCUUUAUAAAGAAAUAAAGUUUGCAAAUACA